ACAGAAGCAGACAAGAUGUCGGCGUCGGCGGCACAAGGCGGGAGAAGCGGUGGCGGUGGAGGCGGUGGUGGGGCCGGGAGUGGCGCCGGCGGCGGCACAGGUAGCAGCCGCAGUGGCUUAUUGGAUAAGUGGAAGAUUGAUGAUAAACCUGUUAAAAUCGAUAAGUGGGAUGGAUCAGCUGUGAAAAACUCUUUGGAUGAUUCUGCCAAAAAGGUACUUCUGGAAAAAUACAAGUAUGUGGAGAAUUUUGGUCUAAUUGACGGUCGUCUUACCAUCUGUACCAUCUCCUGUUUCUUCGCCAUAGUGGCUUUGAUUUGGGAUUAUAUGCACCCCUUCCCAGAGUCCAAGCCGGUAUUGGCUUUGUGCGUCAUAUCAUAUUUUGUGAUGAUGGGUAUUCUGACCAUUUAUACCUCAUAUAAGGAGAAGAGCAUCUUUCUCGUGGCCCACAGGAAAGAUCCUACAGGGAUGGAUCCUGAUGAUAUUUGGCAGCUGUCCUCCAGUCUGAAAAGGUUCGAUGACAAGUACACCCUGAAGCUGACCUUCAUCAGUGGAAGAACAAAGCAGCAACGGGAAGCUGAGUUCACCAAGUCCAUUGCUAAAUUUUUUGACCACAGCGGGACACUGGUCAUGGAUGCAUAUGAACCUGAAAUAUCCAGGCUCCAUGACAGUCUCGCCACUGAAAGAAAAAUAAAAUAGCCAAUUCUAAAAGCAGCUUUCUUUCUGCUGGAUCAUGCUGAAAUACUGGUGGGUGGGGGGAAGAAAUGAAGAAUUUAAGAUGGGUAAAGUAUGACCUGUUUAAAAAGUCCCUGUUUUGUCCUGAAAAUUGAGUCCAUUCCGGAUAAGUGGGAUUUCCUAGCACAGAAUUGAGAAGUUGUAGCUCCAAUAUUUAGCUCUAGCUUCCUUGGUCUGCUGGUUGUGUUUUGAUUGCUUUUCUGGAGAAGCAUUUUUGCUAAAAGCUAUAUAGACAUUUUCCUUUGUACUUAGCAGUACUUUAUAUAGUAUAUCUUUGUGCCAUGCAGCAUUUGAACACUCAGUUCUUGAGAAUUGUUAGCCUUGCUGGAUGCAGUAGUGCACGCCUGUAACCCCAGCACUGGGAGGCUGAGAUAGGAUCACGAGUUUGAAGCCACCUUGGGCAACGGACCAGAACCCUGUUUUGUGGGGAGAAUUGUCAGCUUGUUGCCAACUCUGUAAAUCCUUGCUUCAACAACUUUCCUUGAUGAGUUUAGGAUACAACUUACUGUGUAUGUCAGCUUUCCUUCACACACCAUUUUUGUGGGUGUGUGUAUAUAAAUAUAUAUAUAUCUGACUUGGAGAGAAUUAUUAAAAAACAGCUUUUAAUUUGUGUAAAACAGACCUUCUGCCUGUUACAUUUUGUGCUCUUAACUAAUUAAAGAAGCCAGUGAAUGGCAUUUUUAGUUUUA